UUGAUCCAGCAGGCUAAGCGUUAGCUCUUCGUGUCAGAAUGGUUUCUCUCUUGUGUGUUAGUUGUGUGUCCGUUGUUUCCGGCUGAAGGUACUCGGCUUUGGCGGCUUUAAUGUUCCGUGCAGCAAAUCUAAAAACCAUCGGUAAAGCGGGAACCGGCUGGCACUUUCGCCGGACAAUGGACGAGCUGGUCCAUGACCUGGUGUCAGCGCUGGAGGAGAGCUCUGAGCAGGCGGCACGUGGUGGCUUUGGGGAUGGAGGGGACCAUGCACUGGCCGUGGGUUGUCUACUUAAGAGGCAGGCUCGCAAGCGGCGUGGCAGAAAGCGACGCUCUGACAACCCCCACCCACCCUGGGAGACGGGGCACCUCAGUGAGGCCUCAGAGUCCAGUGUGGAGGAACACAAGGACUACCGUGCCAGCGCAGGAGGGGUCUCUGCUGCUAACAGCCACACUCGUGAUAACAGUGAUUCUGAUGAACAGCUAGGCCCUAAACGCCGCACUCCCCUCACAGCUGACAUGGGCAGAGGCAAGCGGCCACUCUGGCAGGAUGAUCUUGGGGUGCUGGGAUCUGCAGAGGGCACUCGCAGCUUAAGGCGACGACGCAAGGUCAAACGUAUGGCUGUCGACACCCCCCUGGAGCCGGUCAACCCUUCCUCCACCAUGCUGGGUCCCCCACCGGUUCCCAAAGCCCAUUCAGGGUACAGACUGUCUGGGGUUGGUACAGCUGAAGGCAGGGGUGCCAGGGAGCUUUGCGGAGUUGGACCGUUAGGGCCAGGAGGAAAGAGCAGGGUAAAGAAGAGGAAACUGGCUGCCAACAAACUGGGUGCAGAGGCUGCAGAUGAAGGGGUUGUGGUGGAGAGUGAAGACCCCAUCUCUGCUCAAUUGGGAGGGUCAAAGGACAAGAUGGAGUUGGAGGAGCAGAAGGGCUCAGAUGAGGAUAUGAGUGACAGGUGUGAGACCAGCAGUGUGAGUAAUAGCAGUGAUGGAGGCCUCUACACCAAUGAUGAGGGCAGACAAGGUGAUGAUGAGCAGAGUGACUGGUUCUAUGAGGGUGAACCAGGCUCUGGUCCAGCGCCCGGGGGUGCAUGUGGAGUAGCUGGGGUGGUUCCCUGGUGGGAGAGGGAGACAGGCUCUGAGGAGCUGGACCUAGUGGAUCCUGUCUUCAACAGUAUCCUGACUGGAUCUUUCCCCCUCAUGAGCCCCAGGGCACAGAGAGGGUUCCAGGCCAGGCUCAGUCGCAUCCACGGAAACCGGCCGUCCUCUGAGGGGGUACUGCAGGGGAGCUCUGCCCAGGGUUUCAAUGACAGACUGGCAAGACAAGCCCAGGACUCCGAACCGUGGUUUAGCCCAGGCUCUAGGAGAGAGCACGGGCAGUUGCAUCGGGACUCAAGGACAGACAGAGGACACAGGAGAAGUUGCUCAGUAAAGACAGCCAGCAGACAGACCAGUGGUCAUCUAGGCUCUCUAUGUACGGGAGAUGUCAAGCGGAGGCGCAAAGCAGCCCCCCUCGGCUCCACCGCCCCCACAGGGGUGGUGGGCGAGAAUGCAUCUCCCCUUCCUGAAACAAAUAUGGGGAACCGCAUGCUGCAGAGCAUGGGCUGGAGCCCCGGUAUGGGCCUUGGCCCAGAGGGCAGGGGCAUUACUGAGCCCAUCCGGGCCACACAGAGACCCAAGGGUGCAGGUCUAGGCUUCAAUUGACCACCAAGAUGUUAGGAGCCCAAACCCUAAGUUCAAAUCUGGACAAGAGUUGCUGAAAAGAGACACUGCUCCGGACAAUGAACAGGGUUGCCUAGUAUCCUGGCCUUUUGAGUCAUUUGAAUGGAAGGAGUGAGACGACUUUUCUGCCACAAGAACAAGGUGAAGUUAAGGCAUCUACUAGAACAGGAGAAACUUCCCCAUAUUGGGGAGCCAAUGAGAGGCUUGAAUACACCUCCGCAGCCCACUCAUCCUAUACUUUUAAACAGCUUCAGUAGGCAAAAUUGAAAUAGAGAAAAAGACUCCUUGUAAACAUUGCCUCUCGCAAGAGCCUUUUGUUUUGUGAAGAAUAAAUGAAAUUCAUACUUCAAUGUGAGGCUGUUAAACUGCGUUCCACCUCAGACUUUUUUUUACCUCUAGACGCCAGUGCGUCAGCCAAGAGAGAAGGGGUAAUUUUGAAGAUGGCAACAUACCGGGAGCUGCAUUUGAGGCAGAGUACGCUGAUAAUAUGAUUUCUCUCAUUUUGUGGCAUUGGUUGGAGACUUAAAGAUGAAUGGUUAUGUCUGAUAUUGCACAGGAAUGUUGGUUAAAACGAUUUUAAUUGGCUACACCUCACUCAAGAUGCAGUUCUAGGGCUUUUUUUUCCUGUUUAAAUUGUUUUCGCUCAAUGAAUUUGAAGUACACUGUUAUGUAUGGAUGUGUGUUGGGAUAUCUGGAGCCAUUUUGAUGUUUUUUUUCUGGAGGAAAAACUCGUGGUCAUUAACACUGCAGAAUGUUUUUAUUUAUUCAAAAAGAAAAAAGGAAAAACAGCUCAAAACCCAGUUUCCCAUUUAUGUAGUACCUGUAUGCAUGUGCAGCUGUGGCUUUAUCAGAACUCCACUGUUGUUAAUGCUAUAAAGCAACGUUGAGCAUGUGAGGUACGGCCUUGCCAGCAUUUUGCUUUACUGUCCUAUUUUAUCAAGUGUCAGUUUAAGGCAGACUGUAGUAUAUACAUUACAUCAUACUCAGUAAUUUUACAAAUAAGAAAUUAACAGUCUAACAAGUAUGAAAAGUAUUACUGUUAAGCCCUAAUACACAUAUUGUUAAUUCAGUUGUAGACCCGGUUUCCUUAUUGUGUCAAUUAACUCUACAUUGUGACAUGACCUAGUUUGCAUGGUAUCGGUCAUUUGCGAAGAUCAUAUUUACAACAGACAAAAGCUUUUUAAUGGAAUUGCAGAAACUAGGACUGGAAAA